AUGAGAGUUGUGGCGUGGAACUGUCGAGGUGCCGGGAGCCCCUUGACAGUUCCCCAACUCAAGGAGGUCAUACGCCUCCACUCUCCAAUGGUAGUUUUUCUGUCAGAAACAAAAAACCGAAAAAGAGUGAUAGAUGUUGUUAUGAAGCAGAUACAGUUUGAUGGAAACGUUGUAGUAGAACCAGAUGGUAGAGCUGGGGGGCUAGCCAUGUUCUGGAAACAGGAGGUAAAAGUCAGAGGGGUCUAUACUUCGGAAUGCUCAAUUGAGAUUAAAAUUUAUGAUGAGGAAGUCAGGGAUGAAUGGUGGUGUAUUGGACUCUAUGCCAGUACAGAUGAUGGAAUUAGAAGGGGUCAAUGGGAGUUUUUGGAGGAACGAAUGAAGAGAAAUGGGUUGGUCGACAUUCAUUUUGAAGGAAACCCGUGGACCUGGUGCAACCAAUGGGAAAAUGAGAGGGAGAUCAAACAAAGGUUGGAUAGAUGUCUUAGUAGUGUAGGCUGGUUCCAAAUGUUUGGGGAGGCAACUUGCAAGCAUGUGGAAAAUGAGGCAUCUGAUCAUGCAAUGUUGGUGCUGACUACUAUACCUGAGCAGAAGAAAGUGAGAAAAAGAUUUGUGUUCGAUCAAAAAUGGGCCCAAAAUCAAGAGACAGAAGUGGUAGUGAAAAAUGCUUGGGAAAAGCCACAGGUGGGAUCAAGAAUGUUCAAAAUUACUAGGAAAAUCAGAGAGUGCCGGAUAGCCCUUUUAAGUUGGAAUAGAAUGCAUCAACAAAAUACAGCUACACUAAUCAGGGAGAUAAAAAAGAAGAUACAGGAGCUCAAGGAAUCCAACGAUAAGGGGAAAAGAGGGAAGAUGGUGGAAAUGAAACUAAAGUUGAGCAGUGCUUACAAAGCUGAGGAAAUCUUCUGGGCACAAAAGGCAAGAAGCAGAUGGCUUAAGGAAGGAGAUAAAAAUACAGCUUAUUUCCACGCUUGUGUGAAGACAAGAAGAAAGAGAAAUAAAAUAACCAGCUUGCAGAAAGGAAAUGGUGAAUGGUGUAAGGAUAAUCAACAAAUUGUCCAGGAGAUUUGCAGGUACUAUGAAGAAAUGUACACCACAUCCCAGCCAAAAAAUAUAGAAGAAGUGCUAGAAGGGGUGCCUGUAUCAAUUACAAGCAGACUAAACCAAAGUUUGAUACAACCAGUGGAGGAAAAUGAGGUCAGAGCAGCUGUGUUCUCCAUGCACCCAAACAAAGCACUUGGACCUGAUGGUAUGUCACCUUUAUUUUUUCAAAGAUAUUGGCAUACUAUUAAAAAUGAUGUGGUGUCUGCUAUCCAAAGCUUUUUGAGUAAUGGCCAUCUUUUGAAGAGCAUAAAUGAGACUAGUAUUACUCUCAUUCCUAAAGUAGAUAAUCCUAUCUCUCUGGCAAAUUAUAGGCCUAUUAGUCUCUGUAAUGUGCUCUAUAGAAUCAUAGCAAAAAUCCUGGCCAAUAGAAUGAAAAGAGUUAUUGCCUUAUGCAUUAGUUACUCCCAGUCAGCCUUUGUACCUGGUAGACAGAUUGUGGAUAAUGUUAUUUUGGCCCAUGAAAUUAUGCAUUUUUUAAAAAGCAAAAGGAAGGGCAAUACUGCUUUUAUGACCCUAAAACUUGACAUGUCAAAGGCUUAUGACCGUAUAGAGUGGAAAUUUGUGGGCAGAAUGAUGCUAAAAAUGGGUUUCUGCCCUAUCUUUGUAAGAUGGAUUAUGAACUGCAUGUCAUCCGUGACUUACUCCUUCAAUGUUAAUAGGGAAAGAGUAGGAUAUGUGAAGCCUAGUAGAGGCAUUAGACAAGGGGAUCCCUUAUCCCCAUAUCUUUUUUUGUGCUGUUCAGAAGGUUUGUACAAUCUAAUGGCAAAGGCAAUUGAGAAUAGGAAGAUCACAGGACUUAAAGUGAGUAGAAGUGGACCAGUUCUUUCCCAUUUAUUCUUUGCAGAUGACUCCUUGUUUUGCUGUAAGGUGCACCCACAGGAAGCUAGUGUUAUGAAAGGAAUCCUUGCUAAAUAUGAACUAGCUUCAGGGCAAUACAUAAACUAUGACAAGUCUGCAGCUUACUUUAGCAGGAAUUGCAGUAGACAACAAAGGAGGCAAACAUGCGAACAGCUGAACAAUAUCAAAGAGGCAAACAAUGGCAAGUACCUAGGACUCCCCCUAGUGAUAACAGGAUCCAAGAAGGAAGUUUUUGCCUAUAUUGUUGAUAAAGCAAAAUCCAAAAUGCAAGGAUGGAAGCACAACUUACUCAGCUAUGCAGGGAAAGAGGUACUCUUAAAGUCAAUUGUUAUGGCACUACCUACUUACAUAAUGUCAUGUUGCAGGUUGCCUAAAGGACUGUGUAAAGAAAUAUGUGGGUACAUGGCAAAAUUCUGGAGAGGUCAAAAUGAAGGGGAAAGAAAGAUGCAAUGGAUAAGUUGGGAAAAAAUCACACAGGUGAAAGGAAGUGGUGGCUUGGGUUUCAGGGACUUAGAGCAUUUUAAUAGUGCCCUAUUAGCAAAGCAAUUAUGGAGGAUACUAAUGCAGCCAGAUUCAUUAGUAAGUGGAGUACUGGCGGCGAAGUACAAAGUUUCACAAACAGGCUGGGAAGGGGAAGCUCCAAAGAACGCAUCAUGGGUAUGGAGGAGUAUAGCUAGUUCUAGUUCGGUUUUGCAAAAAGGAAUGUGGAAAAGAGUGGGUGAUGGGACCUCUAUCAACAUAUGGAGGGAUAAAUGGAUUAUGGAGUCACCAACUGGGAAGAUAACAACAAGGAAACAUCCAGACUGUAGGAUACAACUAGUGGCAGAGUUGAUAAAAGAAAGGAAAUGGAAUAAGGAACUGAUUGAAGGAACCUUCUCAGAGGGGGAAGCUUCACAAAUUAUGCAGAUACCUCUGAGUCUGUUCCCCAGACAAGACACGAUCUACUGGAAAUACUCAAAAUCAGGGAUAUAUUCAGUGAAAUCAGGUUAUGCAGUGAAAAAGGAGGAGAUAGGAAAAAGAAGCAAGGAAGUACAGGGAGGGGAAGGAACUAGCUAUGCACAGAAUUCGGACAAGGCGGACAGGAACAGGAUCCCUUUUGUGCAAAUGCUGUGGGGAAGGAGAGAAAACAGUGGAACAUAUGAUUUUCUUCUGCAAAAUGGCGGAACCUAUAUGGAAGUUGGCCCUCUGGAAUUUCAAGAGGAGCAGACGGAGCAGGAGGCAAAGCACAGAACAGGAACAAGACACCAAUUGCUCAACCACCAAUGGAGGCCACCAGAUAUAGGUAUAGUGAGAAUCAACACUGAUGCUGCCGUUCCUAUUAAAUUAGCAGGAGCGGGGCUAGGAAUGGUAGCGAGGGACAGUCAUGGGAACCUUGUAGAAGCUAGAGGUAUCAGGAAGUAUAGCAGAUGUGGAGCUGAACUAGAAGAGGCAGAUGCAAUCCGACAGGGGCUGGUGAUGGCUAAGGAAGCUGGAUGGCGAGAAAUAGAUGUGCAAUCUGAUUGCAAAGCUGUCAUUGAGAGAAUCCAUACGAAAGGUAGGGAGGAAGCCCCAAUUGGUACAAUACUGGAAGAUAUCAAACAACUAUGUGGUAUGUUCCAAUGUUGUACCUUUUUGUUUAUUAAUAGAGAUGGAAAUAGAUGUGCUCAUCAAAUGGCACAAUUUGCAACCAAGCUUGUUUCCAAUGUGAUAUGGAAGCAAAGUUCCCUCUGUGGCUCAAAGAGAGCAUACAGGAGGACAAUAGGAUGA